AUGCAUUUAAUAUUCUUCUUCAUUGUUGUCAUUGGUAGUAUCCAAGCAACAAAUGGUGAUCAAUCAUUAACGAUCUGGAAUUUAUUUAAGCGUAUUCAUCAAAAAAACUAUGUUAAUGCUCGAGAAGAACAAUAUCGUCUGAGUGUUUUCAAAAACAAUGUAGAUAUGAUUAAUCGACAUAAUUUUGAAGCUGAUUUAGGUCUUCAUUCAUAUACACUUAAAAUCAAUCAAUUUGGUGAUAUGACACAUAAAGAAUUUGUUCAAACGAUGUUAGGUGGUCUAAAAAUAUCUUCUGAGAAACAUUCAUCGGAAAAAUUUACUCCACCAUCAAAUGUUGAUAUACCAGCUGCAGUUGAUUGGAGAAAGAAAGGUGCAGUGACUACAGUUAUUGAAAAUCAAGGGCAAUGUGGUUCAUGUUGGGCUUUUACUGCUACGGGUGCUUUAGAAGGACAACAUGCCAUUAAAACAGGAAAUUUAGUACAUCUAUCAGCACAGAACUUGAUGGAUUGUUCACAAAGUUUUGGUAACUAUGGAUGUAAUGGUGGACUCAUGGAUUAUGCAUUCGAAUACAUUAAAGAAAAUGGUGGUAUAGAUACAGCGGAUAGUUAUCCAUAUGAAGCAGUAGAAGGAGCAUGUCGUUUUAAAAAAGAUACUAUAGGAGCUACUGAUACAGGUUUUGUUGAUCUUCCAGUAGGAAACGAAACUGCUUUACAAAUAGCUGUUGCUACAAUAGGUCCAAUAUCCACAGCAAUUGAUGCUUCACGAAGUUCAUUUCAGUUUUAUUCAUCAGGUGUCUAUGAUGAACCUAACUGUUCAACAACAAAUGUUGAUCAUUCAUUUGUUGUGGUGGGAUAUGAUACAUUCAAUAAUGGUACAACUAAUCAAGAUUAUUAUAUUGUGAAAAAUUCCUGGGGAGAUUCAUGGGGUAUGAAAGGAUAUGUUUGGAUGAGUCGAAACAAAAAUAAUCAAUGUGGUAUCGCAAGCACAGGAAGUUAUCCUCUUGUAUAA